AUGGACAAUUGUAUAACGUCGCAUUCGACUUUCCACGGUUUGACGGCAUGGAGUUAUGUUACAAAACCCACAUUUAAAGCUAUUCAAGAUUAUAUAAAAAAUAAAACUUCUACCUUAAAAAAUGAGAAAAAUAAACAAACAUUUAGGCAAGAAUGCUUAGGAUUGGCUGAUUACCUAAUUAAUAAAAAGGUUGCACCAAGAUAUGAGAAUCAAUCAAUGUGGGAACUAGCAUUAAAGCAUUGGUUGAAACGUUACUAUAAUAAUCUGACUAGUCAUCAUGGAGGAUGUCCUAUGAUUUUAGAGCAAAAAGAUAAAGAAAUUUUACAAUUAAAAUAUCAAGAAGAAGAUUUCUGUGAUAAAAGAAGGACACAUCUGAAUCAAAUAAAAGCGUUAAAAAAAAAUCACCUAAGUAAUUGUAAUAAUGAAUAUUUAAGGAAAUGUAUAGAAUAUAGGGAAUGGCUUGAUGAUAGGAAGAUUUAUUUUGAGAACAAAAAAAAUCUAUUUAAAGAUUGUCAUAAAACAAAAAAAAAAUCCAUGUGUAACAUAAUGGAUGAAGAAACUUUUAAAGAACCUCUUGAAUGCUCACCCUCCUACAUAGAUACAAGCUGUAAUUUUGUAUCUGAGGAAAAUGUUAGAGAUACACAAAUGGAAGCUUCAGGUAAAGAUCAAUAUUCAUCAACACCUCAUACUGAAAACGAAGGCACACAUGUUCCAGAUAUAAUUGAUAAUGAGACUAAACAGCAGAUUCAUCAUGAUCCACAAACUCAACUUCAAGAAUCAUCGUCAUUCGAGCCUUUAGAUGAGCAACAUGUAGCGAAAGAAAUUCCAGGCACAUCAUCUCCACAAGAACAAACGUCAAUAUCUCAUACAGGAACUAAAAAUAAAUAUCAAGUAACACAAGUAGAUUCUCCAUUACCAAAUGUAGUUCGUGAAAAUGAAGAAGCCCCUCCUGAUAAUGCUCUGCCAUUUCCUACGUUAUCAAUUCUUCCAUCAGGAUAUCCUCUUAUUGCUAAACUCUCUAAAAUUCCAGGAAUGAUUAAAAAAAAAAAAAAAAUAAAACGAAGGCACGUGAAAUUCUUGAGAUUACUAUUACCUUCAUUUUCUAAAAACAAAAGUAAGUUUUUAACAGAUGAUCAUUUAGAACACCCAAUAUAUGAUGAAAAAGAAAUCGUAAAAAAAAUUAAAAUAAAUGAAUUUAAAAAAAAUAUAAACUUGCCAAAUCGAAAAAAAGACAGAUCCAAAACCAUAAUAGAAGAUUGGUUUAAUAAUUUAAAAAAUGAAUGGAAAAAAGAACUAGCUUAUAUGCAAGAAAUGGUAAAAUUAAAAAUAAAAUCUUCUAAUGAAAAUCACAAAGUUCUAUUUUUAGAAAGAAAAAGAUAUAUGGAAACAAUGGAUAUCAAAAAGGGUACUAUUAUAGAGCAAUAUUUGGAACAUGAAUGCUUCAAUGAAUCCUCAGAGGAUUUUCACAAUAUAUCAGAUGAAUAUCUAAAUGAAGAUACUAAAAAUUAUGUAUCAUUAAUGAAUAUAGAAGAAUUCCAAAUCAAGGAAAAUUAUGAAGAAUUCUAUAAAUAUGCAAAACGAAAAUUAGUAAGAAAGCUAUGUAUUCUAGUUUUUAUGACGAUAUUAGAAGAAUGUAAAAAGGAGGUGAACUUUGAAAAUAAGGAAUCAUAUUUCGAUAGUUCCUUAAAUGAACUGAAAAAAAGAUUAAGUUCAGAUAAAAUGCCAGAAAUUACAGAAAAUAUAAUUGAAUAUAACAGCAAUGAUUUAGGAUAUAUACAAAAUAAAGAAAUCCAUGCUCAUAUAGGAAAUGAUAGUUUCAGGAAUGAGAUAGAAAACUUGAUAAGAGAAAUAACGUAUAUAGAAAUUCUGUAG